AUGGAUGACGCGCACGCGCGCGAGGUCUCCGACGUCCUCGCGCGUUGCGGCGUCGACCCCGCCGUCGGGUUGUCCGAUCGCGAGGCCGCCGCGCUCCGCGCGAGGCACGGCGCGAACGAGAUGCCCCCUGAGCUCGGGACGCCGUUCUGGAAGCUCGUGUUGAAGCAGUUCGACGACCUCCUCGUGAAGACCCUCAUCGCCGCCGCGGUCGUAUCGUUCGUCUUGGGCGUCGUCGACGGCGACGGCUCCGGCGCGUUCGUGGAGCCGGGCGUCAUCGUCCUCAUCCUCGUCGCGAACGCCACCGUGGGCGUGCUCACCGAGACGAACGCGGAGCGCGCGAUCGAAGAGCUCAAGGCGUACCAGGCCAACCUCGCGACGGUGCUUCGAUCCGGUCGCCUGAAGGUGUUGCCCGCCGCGGAGCUCGUCCCCGGGGACGUCGUCGAGUGCGUCGUGGGGAACAAGGUCCCCGCGGACGUGCGACUCGUGUCGAUCGCGUCGUCGACGUUUCGAGUGGACCAGAGCAUCCUCACCGGCGAGAGCGGGUCCGUGUCCAAGGAGCUGACCCCGUGCGCGAGCGCGAAGGCCGUGGUGCAAGAUAAGACGUGCAUGCUGUACAGCGGCACGGUCGUGACCGUCGGGCGGUGCCGCGGCGUCGUCGUCGGCACGGGGUUGAACACGGCGAUCGGGAAAAUCCGCGACGCGAUGACCGAAGCCGCCGCGGAGGAGGAGAUGACGCCGCUGAAGAAGAAGCUCGACGAGUUCGGGACGCUCUUAUCGAAAGUGAUCGCGGUCGUGUGCGUGUUAGUCUGGGUCGUGAACAUCGGGCACUUCGCGGACAAGGCGCACGGGGGGAUGCUACGCGGCGCGAUUUAUUACUUCAAAAUCGCCGUCGCGCUCGCCGUCGCGGCGAUCCCGGAGGGACUCCCCGCGGUCGUGACCACGUGCCUCGCGCUCGGGACGAGGAAGAUGGCGAAACAGAACGCGAUCGUGCGGUCGCUACCGAGCGUUGAAACGCUCGGGUGUACGAGCGUUAUUUGUUCGGACAAGACCGGGACGCUGACGACGAACGCGAUGCUCGCGACGAGAGUCUGCGUCGUCGACGCGUCUGAAGGCGCCGCCGGCGCCGCCGCGGCGCGCGUCGGCGACGCGUGCCUCGCGGAGUACGAAGUCACCGGCGACGGAUACUCCCCCGACGGCGUCGUCACGGAAGCGAACAGCGGCAAGGUUGUCGAGCACCCCGCGGAGAGGGCGUCCGUGCUGCACAUGUCAAUCUGCGCGUCGCUCUGCAACGACGCUUCGCUGACGUACAACGGCAAGACGCGCGCGUACGAAAAAAUCGGCGAGAGCACGGAGGUGGCGCUGCGCGUGCUGACCGAGAAGAUCGGCCUCCCCGGGUUCGACGCGAUGCCGUCCGCGCUGACGCGGCUGUCGAAGAAAGAGCGGGCGGGGUACUGCGCGGAGUACUGGGCCGGGCAGUUCAAACGCGUCGCCGCGUUGGACUUCACGCGCGAUCGAAAGAUGAUGUCGGUGCUCGCGUCGAGGAAAGGGCAGAGCAUCUUGUUCACGAAAGGCGCGGCCGAGACCGUCCUCGCGAAGUGCACGCAGGCGCUGACGAACGCGUCGGGCGCGGCGGAGCCGCUGACGGACGCGAUGCGCGCCGCGCUGAGCGACAAGCUGCAAAAGUUUGCGGCGUCGUCGCUGAGGGUGCUCGCGCUCGCGAUGCGGCCGACGCCGCCGAAGACGACGAAGGUUUCCGUCGACGACGAGCGCGACCUCACUUUCCUCGGUUUCGUCGGGAUGCUCGACCCGCCGAGGGCGGAGGUCGCGCGGGCGAUCUCGCUGUGCCGCCAGGCGGGCGUCCGGGUCGUCAUGGUGACCGGGGAUAACCGGUCCACAGCGGAGGCGAUCGCGAAGCGCGUCGGUCUGGGCGACGACGACGGCGGCCGAGGGAGCCACCCGGCGACGUCGACCCAGCUGCUCGCGCGGAAGAUGAUCGACGACGCCGCGAAGGCUGGGCUGGCGACGAACGCGGGGGUGCUUCUCCCGCCCGGGAAGUCGUUCACCGGGUUGGAGUUCGACGAGAUGUCUGCGGCGGAGCAGAGCGACGCGGUGGCGAACAUGGCGGUGUUUUCGAGGGUGGAGCCGCGGCACAAGUCGAAGCUGAUCGAGAUUUUGAAACGGCAAGGGCACGUCGUCGCGAUGACCGGCGACGGCGUGAACGACGCCCCCGCGCUGAAGCGCGCGGACAUCGGGAUCGCCAUGGGCAGCGGCACCGCGGUCGCGAAGAGCAGCAGCGACAUGGUCCUCGCGGACGACAACUUCGCGACCAUCGUCAGCGCCGUCGCGGAGGGCCGCGCGAUUUACAACAACACGAAGCAGUUCAUACGGUACAUGGUAUCCUCGAACAUCGGCGAGGUCGUGUGCAUCUUCAUCGCCGCCGCGCUCGGGAUGCCGGAGACGCUGUGCCCGGUGCAGCUGCUGUGGGUGAACCUCGUCACGGACGGCCUGCCCGCGACCGCGCUCGGGUUUAACAAGCCGGACCGCGACAUCAUGCGGGCGCGUCCGCGGCGGCCGGACGAGUCUAUCGUCGACCGGUGGCUCUUCGUGCGCUACCUCGUCGUCGGUAUGUACGUCGGGUUCGUCACCGUCGGCGCGUUCGCGUGGUGGUACAUGUCCUACCUCGACGGCCCGAUGCUGACCUGGAGCGAGCUCACGUCGUUCGAGUCGUGCGAGGAGGGAAAGCAACGAUACUCGUGCGACGUGUUUCUUAAAAACCGCUCGCCGUCGACGAUGAGCAUGAGCGUUCUCGUCGUCGUGGAGAUGUUCAACGCGCUGAACGCGCUGUCGGAGAACGGCUCGCUUCUGACGCACCCGCCGUGGAGCAACUACUGGCUCCUGGGCGCGAUAUGCGUCAGCAUGCUGUUGCACUGCGUCAUCCUCUACGUCCCGUGGCUCGCGUCGACGUUUUCCGUCGCGCCGCUGUCGACGGCGGAGUGGAACGCGGUGAUUAAGUUUUCGUUUCCGGUGAUCUUGCUCGACGAGGAUUAAGUUCAUGAUGCGACGGGGAGCGCUGCUGCCGACGCGGAACGAUCCCGGCGCGGGGAAAGGGGUGUGACGUUAUCUCUCUAGAUUUUAUUAUUACCCAAAGGCAGUCAC